AUGCCUAGGAAAGCGGGGAAUGGGCAGCUUCCCUUACCCGAUGGCUGGGAGGAGGCGAGGGAUUACGACGGCAAAGUCUUCUACAUCGAUCACAACACCAAGCAAACCAGCUGGAUCGACCCCCGGGACAGGUUAACAAAGCCCUUGUCGUUUGCGGAUUGCGUUGGGGAUGAAUUGCCAUGGGGAUGGGAAGCUGCGUAUGAUCCUCAGAUUGGUGUGUACUACAUCGAUCACAUAAACCAAACAACACAAAUAGAGGAUCCCAGGAAACAAUGGCGGCAAGAACAAGAGAGAAUGUUAAAAGAUUAUCUUACAAUAGCCCAGGAUGCUCUCAGUACCCAGAAGGAACUGUACCAGGUGAAAGAACAGAGACUAGCACUUGCACUGGAUGAGUAUGUACGGUUGAAUGGUGCCUACAAAGAAAAAUCAAGCUCUCGUACAAGCUUGUUUUCAGGCUCUUCAUCAAGCACAAAGUAUGACCCUGACAUUCUGAAGGCUGAAAUCUCCACUACAAGAUUAAGGGUUAAGAAGCUGAAGAGAGAACUCUCUCAGAUGAAGCAAGAGCUGCUGUACAAGGAGCAGGGCUUUGAAACACUGCAACAAAUUGACCAAAAAAUGUCUGGAGGUCAGAGUGGGUAUGAGCUGUGUGAGGCCAAAGCCAUCCUGAAGGAACUGAAGUCCAUCAGAAAGGCGAUCAGUUCAGGCGAGAGAGAAAAACAGGACUUAAUGAAGAGUCUUGCAAAGCUGAGGGAUAAAUUCAGUGUUGACCAAACCACUGAAACAUGUGAACCAGACUUGAGUUCCAGUUCUGUAAACUCCCAGCUGUGUUUUCCUAGACAAACUCUGGAUACAGGGUCUCAGACUGACAUUUCUGGUGAGAUUGGAGCAAGAAGUAGAUCAAAUUUAGCAGAGAAGGUCAGACUCAGUCUGCAGUAUGAAGAGGCCAAACGAAGCAUGGCUAAUUUGAAGAUUGAACUCUCUAAGCUAGAUGGUGAAGUCUGGCCUGGAGCACUGGAUGUGGAAAAGGAAAAACUGAUGUUAAUCAAUGAAAAAGAAGAACUUUUAAAGGAGCUUCAGUUUAUUACACCACGCAAACGUACUCAAGAUGAGCUAGAGCACCUAGAAGCAGAAAGGAAGAGGCUUGAGGAAGAGCUGGUGUCUGUGAAAAGCAUACCCAGUCAAGCACUUGCUGAAAGAUUAAAAUUGGAGGAGAGAAGAAAAGAGUUGGUACUGAAACUUGAAGAAACUACAAAGCUAACUACCUAUUUGCAUUCACAGCUUAGGAGCCUCUCAGCUAGUACAUUAUCUGUGUCUUCAGGGAGCAGUUUGGGAUCUCUGGCAUCCAGCCGGGGGUCUCUGAACACAUCAAGCAGAGGGUCGCUAAACUCACUCAGCUCCACGGAUCUCUACUAUAACCAAGGCGAUCAAAUUACAGAUUUGGACUAUCAGUACAAACUUGAUUUCAUACUGCAAGAAAAAACUGGUUACAUUCCUUCGGGGCCUAUCACUACUAUUCAUGAAAAUGAAGUGGUCAGUUCCCAUGGGAGACUUGGUUACAGUGACUCUCCUUCAGCUGCAGACCAUCCCAAAUUGACUGAACCUCCCAAAUCUGUGACAUCAUUGUCUUCCAGAUCCUCACUCUCCUCCUUAUCCCCCCCAGGCUCCCCUUUGGUUUUAGAAGCUGCAUUUUCAGUGUCAGCUCAAAAUUCCCCUCUGCAUCACCUCACUACAGACUUUGAAGACUCUGACAUUUCAGGUGAUUUUGCAGGCAUUAGCUUCUGCGAGAACCAAAUAUUAUUGGACUCUGAAGCCAGAGCAGGAUCUCAGAUUCCUACAGAUGAUAAAGAUCUAAAUGUUAGGCAGCCUCUGCCUUCUCUACAUGAAGGAAGUUCAGGAGGUGAUUUGCCAAGAAGAACAGCUGGUCAUCUACUUGAGGAGAAAACAGCUUAUGUAUCUGCUGCUGUGUCUGAUGAGUCUGUAGCUGGAGAUAGUGGUGUAUAUGAAGCUUCUGUGAAACAACCAAAUGAAACUGAGGAUAUUGUAUAUAGUGAAGAUGAUGCAACAACUCUGGAGGCUGCUCAGGUACAACUAGGACUCAGAUAUGACCACAGCAAUUCAAGUUUCGUGAUAAUCAUAGUACGGCUUAGAAACCUCCCAGCGUUUUCUGUCCCCCUUGGCUCUAAGGUGUAUAUUAGAGUAGCAGUCCUUCCAUCCUCCACUGAUAUCAGCUGUCUGUUCCGCACUAAAGUUCAUCCUGCCAUGGAAACCAUUUUUUUCAGUGAGAUAUUCAGAGUAGCCAUUUCUCAAGCAACACUGCUACAGAAGACACUGAGAGUAGACGUUUGUGCUGUCAGUAGAAGUCGUCAGGAAGAAUGCUUGGCUGGGACUCAGAUCAGUCUGGCAGAUUUAUCACUUUCUGAUGAGACAUGUACGCUGUGGUACAACCUCUUAUCCUGCAAGCAGAGUCCUGGCAAAAAAUCCAAGGAACAAAAUGACGAAUACAUGUUUCUGUUAAGCAAGCAAUCACAGUCAUUGGACUCACUGGACUUGGAUGCUGUGUCAGCUCUGCUGGAGAGGACAUCUGCUGAGCUGGAAGCAGUAGAACAAGAGCUGGCUGAAGAUGAGGAGAAGGAACAAGAGCAAAGGGCCUCUGAGGAAGACUGGCUAGAGAUGCUCGCAGAGACCUCUGAUGAAAUUGUGGAUGAAGAGGAAGAUGGCAUUAAGCUGGAAGUAGAAGGUGACUGUAAUGAUGACAUGGGGAUACUCAUGGAUGCACCAGAAAUGAAUGAAGACAAGAACAGAGAGAACAGUGAUGAGGCCCAGGAAAGACAGCAAGAUGCUGUAAUUCUAACACUGGUAGAUAAAGAGACUAACACUGAGGAAUCAGUUAAUGAGAACACAGCAGUCCGACCCAAGGACAGAGCCAGCUGGAGCUCCAGACAGCGUCCCUUUGUCAGGAACAGCAUGAUAGUGCGCUCCCAAACCUUCUCUCCAGGCGAGCGGAACCAAUACAUCUGCAGGUUGAAUCGCAGCGACAGCGACAGCUCCACACUGGCCAAGAAGUCUCUCUUUGUGAGAAACGCCACAGAACGACGGAGCCUCAGACUUAAACAGCCCGUUUGCCAGCCCAUCAUGCGAAGAGCUGCGCAAGACUGCCCCGUACGCACUUCCCUGGACUUGGAGCUGGACCUCCAGGCGUCACGCACAAGACAGAACCGUCUGAAUGAUGAGCUCCAGGCCUUGCGGGACCUCAAACAAAAGCUUGAGGAAAUGAAAGGUAGAGGAGAGGCAGACCUUCCUCUCUGUGUGCUAGAGGAUGAACGUUUCCAGAAACUCUUGAAACAAGCUGAAAAACAGGCUGAACAGUCAAAAGAAGAGCAGAAACAAGUUUUAAGUGCUGAGAAAUUGAUGAGGAAAGCAUCUAAGGAUGUGUGCCGGCUACGGGAGCAGAGCCAGAAAGUUCCACUGCAGGUGCAGUCAUUCAGGGAGAAGAUAGCAUACUUCACAAGAGCAAAGAUCAGUAUACCAGCCCUUCCAGCUGAUGAUGUAUAAUUAUGCAUUUUUGUUGAAGUGUCUUUCCACUUGUUCAUCUCUUUUCAGAUGAGCUUUGUAGUUCCAG